AUAACUUCUGGGGAGUGCAGAAGGCCCAGUGUGUAAUGACAGUGCAGAUACAGGCGACCUUUAAAAGGUGCCCAAAAGACCUGAAAGCCAUAAGAGAAGUCCAUUAGUGGGUCCAGCGUUGAAGGAAGCCCUCUGAUCUGAUGCUAUCAGUGCUGCAGGGCAGAGAAAGUGAACACGACAAAUCCUAUCAGGCAGCACGGACUGAAAAACAGGAUGACUAUCAGCACAAAGUGCUCCAAAGCACGUACUCACGUAAUGCCACACCAACACAUCCAGGUAUAAAAGAGGGGAGCACCUUUGGGUUUACCACUGACAAAGGUGGACCUUCCACAAACGGGUAACGAUGGAACAGAAGAGAAAAGAAAAUGGAGUGGCUGCUAUGGCGGUCUGCUAUGAGAAAUUCGAUCCUGCAGCAUAUCUGCAGUACAACUACACUCCACCGAGGGCUGAUUUUACCAGAAAAGACAGCAUUGUACCCUGGAAGCUGGCAUGUCUGCACAGAGCGUUCACAGAAGGUGAUGUGAAGGGUGAGCUCCUGGUAGACAUCGGUUCUGGUCCCACUCUGUACCAGGUGCUGAGUGGCUGUGAGGUUUUCAGAAAAGUUCUGCUGACAGACUUCCUGGAUGUGAACAGGCAGGAACUGAAGCGCUGGCUGAGGGACGAGGGAGGAUGUAGUCUGGACUGGACGCCAUACUUACAGCACGUCUGCAAACUGGAGGGCCGGCGACCCUCAGAGUGGACGGAAAAAGCUACCCAGCUGCGUCGGGUCGUCACAGACGUCGUCCCCAUCGACGUCCACUGCUCUCAACCUCUGGCCCCUGAUGUCCUUCCUCCAUCGGGGGCCGACUGCCUGGUCUCCUGCUUCUGCCUGGAGAGCGUCAGCCCCGACUUACCUACCUUCACCAGAGCUCUGGGACACACCCGGAAGCUCCUCCGGCCCGGGGGUCACCUGCUGCUCAUCGGAGCCCUCGGAGAGAGCUACUAUUUUGCAGGACCUGAUGUGAGGAUCCCUGUAGUCCCGCUGGACGAAGCCCAGGUGUGUGCCAGCUUAAAGGAGAGCGGCUACACUCUGAUUCGUCUGGAGGUGUACACGCUCCCUCCAGACAUGAGGGUGGGAGUGGAUGAUGUGACAGGUGUCUUUUUUCUAAAGGCAGUCAAUCAAUGAGUUGGUGAAAUCGAAAAAAAAAAAAAAAUGCUUUU